UCUGCAUUCUCUCGCCCCUCCAGCGCAGCAGCAGCAGCGGCAUCUUUUCUCCCCCUCCCACCCACGCAAUUACCUUCCUGCCCCUGCCCUGCGCACACAUCUUCGUCCGGUUCCGGCUCAUUUCCACCCCCAAAUGACCCUUCUGCCCUCCGGCUGAACCACGGGCCAGGAAGGGAUCUUCUUCUUCCUCUUCCUCUUCCUCUUCCUCCUUCCAGUAUAAACCGACUGACCGAGGCUCUCCCAACAACAGCAACACCACGCCAACAGCGAGCGCCUUCCCCGUCGUGGCCGGAACCGACGACACGGAGGCUGCAUCAGCGGCACCGGAGGCGAUGAUGGCGCGGAAGGAGGACCACCACCACCACCACCUGCGCGCGCUGGCGGCGCGGGCGGUCACGGACUCGCUCCGCGCGGCCGCGCCGCGCUCCGCCACCGCCGCCGAGCGCGCCGCGCGCUUCGAGGACUGCGUGCGGAGCCUCGAGGCCGAGAAGGCCAAGAUGGAGGUCUUCCGCCGGGAGCUCCCCAUCAGCGUCCACCUCGUCGCCGACGUGAUCGAGUGGCUCAAGGAGGAGCUCGCGCAGCACCGCCGCCCGGCCCCGGCCCCGGCCCCGGCCCCCACGCCGGAGCUCUUCGCGCCGGUGGCGGCCGCUCCGGCGGCGGCGAAGCGGAAGGCGGCGCCGGAGGGGGGAACCGUCAAGGCGGAGGCCGACGCCAACGACAAGCGGAGCUGGAUGAGCUCCGCGCAGCUCUGGAGCUGCGGGAGCCACGACGCCAGCAGCACGGCCACCGCCAAUGGCGGCGCCGCCGCCAAGCCCUCGCGCAAGGUGUCGGACGCGUUCCUGCCACGGAGCGGCCUGCCGACGCUGGGGAGAUCACCGGACGACGCGGCGGAGAAGCCCGCGGCGCUGCCGGUCCCGGACCUGACCCUAUCGUCCCCGGCGAUCGACGCCGCCUGCCCGGCCGCCCCGAGCGCCACCAGCAGCGCCGUCACGGACGGGGGCGCCGCGGCGCAGCGCCUGCGCCAGCGCCAGCAGCAGCAGCAGCAGCAGGCGCAGCAGAGGAAGGCCCGGCGGUGCUGGUCGCCCGAGCUACACCGCCGGUUCGUCGCCGCGCUCCAGCGGCUUGGCGGCGCGCAAGUUGCCACGCCGAAGCAGAUCAGGGAGCUGAUGAAGGUGGACGGGCUGACGAAUGACGAGGUGAAGAGCCACCUGCAGAAGUACCGGCUGCACACGCGGCGCGCGUCGUCGUCGGACGGCUGCGACCUCCAGGUGUCGGCCGCGGCGGCGUGCCCGUGGCCCGCGCCGGAGCAGCAGUACACGACGUCGCAGCACAGCACGUCGCAGUCGGGGUCUCCGCAGGGGCCCCUGCAGCUGACGGUGUCGAGCCGGGCCAUGUCGGCGACCGCCGGGGACAGCUGCGACGGCGACGAGGCGGAGGGCGGCGGGUCCGAGAGCUACGGCUUCGGGGCGCAGCACGGGACGAAGGCCUCGUCGUCCUGAAAAAUCUUGCUUGAUCCUUCCUUGGAACGCAGCAGUAUAGAAGAAGAAGAAGAUGGAUGCAGCGUAUGAUGAGAUGAUGGAAACCACAAACACAAACACUGCAGAUGAGAGGCAUUUUGUGUACAGUCGUUGAGAGGAUUCUUUCUUUUUGCAGAUGAACUGAUGCGAGUGAUUUGUCGAGUGUUGUUUGUAGGUGUGCGAUAUGAGAUGAGAAUGAGAUGCUGUUACAUUACAUUGCACAAAUCUUCAGGUUGAAUCGAAUGGUGGUCGAGAGGCCGAUCGAGUUUAGGAGGAUUGCUGGCCUUGUUGCCUGACUUGGAGUUAUGAGCUAUCCAUCUGUCGAUCUCGCCUGUUCUUCA